AUGGAGAUGAGGCUUGUCGCCUGCGAGCGUAUGUCAGGGACACAAUGCUCGAAAAAGACUCCAUUGAGUUCGUGCUUCGCGGAGCAGCUUGUCUGCAAUGGAGAUGAGGCUUGUUGCCUCCUGUCUGCAAUGGAGAUGAGGCUUGUCGCCUACGAGCGUAUGUCAGGGACACAAUGCUCGAAAAAAGACUCCAUUGAGUUUGUGCUUCGUGAAGCAGCCUGUCUGCAAUGGAGAUGA